AUGAAUAAGUGGUCAACAUCAUUACCAUCGAUUAUCUCACUAUGUAAUAAUGUCCAAUUUAGUUUUGAUCCGAUGUUUAUGCAACAAGUUGCAACAUCCUCAAAUAGAAAUCAAAAUAAUGGUGCUGGUAGUUCGCUUACUGAUUUAUCAAUACUUAUUCAUACUCAACCACCUUUUAUUAAUUAUGAACAGUAUCCAGAUAAUUAUAAUCAAUCAUCUAAACAACAACAACAACCUUCAUUUUAUGAGGCAGCUAUUGAACAUCAAACGACAAUAGAAACAGAUAUAACAACACACGAACAAUUUGUACCCGAUGAUGAAUUACUUCAAUCAUUAGUUGCUUAUGCAGAUAGUUUUGAUUUAGAUAGUACUGUUUAUUCAAUUCAAAAUUCUAAAACUCAACCAAUGACAGCAACAACAUCGAUUUCAACAAUGCAAUCAGUACCAAGACGAAGAACACAAUCGUCAACAACAUUGUUAACAUCGAUUAUGGAAAAUAAUACUCCAAUGUCACGACAUAAAAGUUGUGAUGAUCUAUCUAUUACAUGUUCUAUAACAAGUAGUAGCAAACCAACAACUGUUAUACAACGUGAUGAACAUGUAGAAAAAUCUAAUUUUACGAAAUUUGUCGCAUCAGAAUCUCAUCCGCAAUUCUAUUUUUCUACACCAACAAACAAAGAUAAUCGUAAUAAUAAUAUUAAUAAUAAUAAUAAUAAUAAUCAUCAUCAUCAUUAUGAUAAAAGUUACGACGAUAAACAAAUCGAAGAAGCUACAUCAACAACAGGUGGAUCAAAAAUUGAAUGGGGAUUUUCAUCAGAUACAAUGAACGAAUUAAAUAAACCAUCAUCUGAUGUAUUUAGUAGUUAUGAAGCAACAACUAAUAUUGGUGAUAUUAAUUUACAUUAUUUAAAAGAUCUUGAACAUGUUUCUACUAUGGCUGCUUCAAUGGAUUUUUCUCAAGAACCUACGGCAACUAUUCCACCUCGACCAGUUAUAAUAAGAAAAAAAAGUAAAGAUCUUUUAUUAAAACAACAAGUUGAUAUUCAAUUACUUCGUCCACCAACACCACCUGCACCAGCUCCAAUUAUUAUUCGAGAAGUUCGUCAUAGACCACAUCCAUCUAAUAAAUCAAUAACAAUACAUCAAAAAUUAGAAGAUACUGGUCAAAUUCAUUUAUCUAAAACACCAUCACCUAUUGUACUUCGUGAACGUCCACCACCACCUCCAAAACAUGAUUAUCCAUCUAAACCAACUAUUGUUUAUCGUCAUAUACAAACGCCAUCUUCAUCACCACCAACUGUUAUUGUUGAACGUCUUCGAUCAAAUAUGGCAGCUGUUAUACAAAAACCAGCACCAAUUUUAGUUGAAAAAUGGUUACCAUAUCCACCAGAACAAAAACGUAAAAUAAUUUAUGAAUGUCUAUCACCACCACCUGUACGAGAAAAACGUCAUGCCAGUGAAAGAUCAAAAAAAAUUAUCGUUGAAUAUGAUGAUGUCAAUGUUAUUUUUGAUAGAGACAUUAAACAACGAAAAGACGUUAAGCGCGUUAGUCCUGAUCGAUAUGUUCGACGAUAUGGUAAUUCAUUAUAUUCUAAUGAAACUCUUAAUCAUAUUUUAAGUAAUAAGACAUGCGCAUCUCAAGCCAAACAACAAUAUUCAUUUUUUCCACAUCAACAUCAUUAUGAAAAUUAUUCACCAAUCUUUCAUUGA